UACUAUAUAUAUACCAAGUAAAAGAAGAAUAUUUAAAGUCUGGCAUUGAAUAGUUGACAUAUUCAAAAAUAAAAAAAAUUGCAGCAUAUUAAAAGAAGAAUUUCAUGAGAGAUACUUGAUCAUAUCUUGUGUUCAUCAAUCCACAAUCCAUUAAGACUUAUGAUGAAGAGAACACAUCAAAAUUAUGGAUUUUCAACUGAUUAUAAUUUCACCUCUGAUUUUCAUUACAAUUCUCAGCUGCAAUCUUCACCGAUGGGACUCGUUAAUCAAUCUUCACCACCGGCCUUUUACGCUACCGAAGAAGUCUACACGGGCUUAUCUCGCUACAACAACACCGUUUGUUCCGAUGUACAAAUACCGAACACAAACCAUUACAUCAUGUCAGACAACAGCCUUUCCGAAAGCGAACAGCUCUUAUACUUGAAAAACAAGCUACUAGGCGAUCUUGACGAUGAAAAUCACAAUCUUGGUGCGUCGCAAGAUUUAUAUGCAUCUCAUUUUGACAAUAUAAAUCAGUUGGGAAGACAACCUGGAUGCUUUUCAGCUGUAUCAUCAAGUAAUAACUGUGGAUCAGUUUCUUCGUGUAAGACCAGAAUUAGGUGGACUCAGGAUCUUCAUGAUCGAUUCGUCGAGUCUGUGAAUCGACUCGGUGGUCCUGAAAAGGCAACACCAAAGGCAAUACUAAAGCUCAUGUGUACUGAAGGGCUUACCAUUUUACAGGUCAAAAGCCAUUUACAGAAAUAUCGACAAGUAAAGUUCGUACCAGAAUCAGUAGAAGGUAUACUGAAGAUCCGAGAAGAAGAAUAG